ACUUGGCCAGCCACUGAAACCACCAAACUGUCGUCCGGAAGGCUGUCCAUCAAUGCCCUUCGCCGACGUUCAUAUUCCUCUUCAGGUAUUCCUGGCGUAGUCUCCCCUGGUUGGACUACAUAACGACAGGUUUGUUUAGCAGAGUUUGCACGUAACACAUGUUUGAUGACUGACGUAGGUGGGGAUGUGAAGGAUAUAAAGGUUGUCCAAAAGGCGUAGGUUUAAUGCCAGCGUUUAUUAAUACUUCGGUAGCAUAGUAUCGGUGAGCUAUAUGAGGUCGACGACGCAAAAAGUAUGCAUUUCUUUUGGCCAACAGCAAGAACGACAUGCAAGUAAAGUUCAACGCUACACACCAACCGCCUUUCCCCGCAAGUACUGUCACAGGCGUCACGCAUCACCGUGACUGUCACAUCCAUUUACCCGCAGCUAGAUGAUGGAGUCUUCAACUCUUCAUUGAAGUUCAUUCCACCACCGCUCUCUUCGGCUUUGGCGGACUUGUGACGAGAGGGAAGAUCUGCGCGACUAGGCUGGGUGAUAUCGCUGGUUAGACGAAGAAAGUAGGGGAUAGUUCUCCAAGAUUGCUUCGUCACCUAAUGUCUUCGCGUACUCCAGCUUGUGCCGUCAACUCAUGCUUCCAAGUCGGACACCCUUCGCCUGACUAUUCUGAAGCACAGAAUGUUAACAGUACCGGAAUCUCUAUUACAACGUAUUCGCUUCUAUGGGCAGCGUUGGUUUCACCUCUUUGGCAUACAUUGUGCGACACAUCAAAUCCGCGUGAUUCUGAUUUCUGCAGUCGUCAUAACAUCCCUGCUCUUUCCUGCGAUACAUCUGUACUUCCCUUCUCAGAUUCACAACUUUGCUCUUAGGUUGCAUGCACUCGACUCUUUCCUUACCCCGGACGAUAUCUCAAGUUAUUUUUCACAGCAAGACACUCGAAGUAUCUGGGAGGGACAUGACGACCUUCAUGUCCGCGAGGAUUACGUGGCUCGAGCUCGAUGUGGUGUAGAAGGUCUUCUUCGUCUGGAGCGGGUCUUGGUGCACAGUCCAUUCCAUGACGGUCCCUCCAGUGCGCUCAAUAAGGAUACCCUAUUUGCGACUCUCGAACUGGAGAGUAGGAUCUCCGACGUUCUGGCCACAAGGAAUAUACCAUGUUUGCGUGGUCGAGAUGGCGCUUGCUUGUCUAUCAGUCCACUAGCCUAUUGGAAUCAUGACCCCGAACUCUUGAUGAGCGAUACCAACAUCCUGGAUACCAUAAGCUCCACCCGGAAUGUAACCAGCUCAGGCAUUUCUAUAGAGCCUGAAAUGGUAUUGGCGGGACAAGAAACAAGUGACGAACCAGGACGAGACGUUAAUUCCGCUAUGUUUCUUGUAUUGUCCUACUUCUUUCCUGACACCGACUGCCUUGGUAAUGUCGGCCAUUUUGCCUGGCUUCAUGCACUGGAAGAUGCCGCAUCCUCAAAGGGAGAACUCGUUCUCCAAGCUCGCGUACCAACCUUGAUUGCAUUGGAUUACAAAGUGAACUCACGCUCGCGGACGUCUAUUCUAUCACUCUUCUCCUAUGCUGCAUACUUUGCUUUUGUAGUAUACUUCUAUCGAUCAAUGCGACGCAUGGACAAGGUGCAUUCUCGAAUCGGUCUCGCCUUCACUGGUAUCGUUGAAAUUGUCGUCAGUACCCUGACAAGUGUCAGCGUCUGUGCCCUCGCCGGAUUCAAAUUGACAAUGGUCCCAUGGGAAAUAUUUCCAAUUGUUGUUAUCUUCAUUGGCGUGGAGAACAUGUUCAGCAUUGUUGACGCCGUCGUGAAAACAUCUAUUGCACUCCCCGUGAAGCUCCGAGUAGCUGAAGGUUUGAGCCGUGCGGGCACUUCAAAUAGCUUGAAGCUAUUUUCAUACAAUACCAUUCUUGGUGUUAUUGCCGGUCUUUCAAGUGGUGCUAUUCAACAGUUCUGCGCUUUCGCGAUCGUGGUACUCGUGGCUCAUUGGUUUCUCGUUCAUACAUUCUUCGUGACUGUCCUAUCUAUUGAUAUUCAGCGACUAGAGCUUGACGAACUACUUCAACAGGGUAGUAACGCCUCGCCUCAUGCCGUCGAUGGCAUUUCGCAGACUACCAUGGAAAUACCCCGAACGAGAUGGGCCAAGUUCAAGGCGACUAUCCGGGGCCGUCCGGCAAAGAACAUCAGUCUUUUCGUUCUACUUGCGAUAACUGCAACACUAUACUAUGCCACCCUGCCUGGCCCUGUACGAAUCAAAGCCGAUAUCCGGGGCAUGUCUUCUCGCAAGGUUAAACUACAGAAUCAUAACCUUUCCAUACCGGAUUCUACAUCACCCGCAUACAAUGUCUGGCAAGUCCUCAAUCCGCUAGGAGACGACCUGGUGCAUAUUCGCAUGGAGUCUCCCGCUAUUCUGAUCCUCAACCCUGCAGACCACACCGGCAUUGACCAACCGUCCGUUCUUGAUAGGGCUCCGAUCAAGGAGUACGACAGAAGCAAGCGAUCGGGACUUUCGUUGCUCUUUGCGCGCAUGAUGCGUCCGGUCGCAUGGUUCGUCAAGAUCGUCGUCUUCCCGAUGAUUUUCACACUCGUCGCCCUAUACGGUCUUCUUUUAUACCUUCUGAAGGAUGCAGAACUGUUGGAAGCUCAGAGGAAUCGCGCAGAGGCCAAUGAACCGGUCGUCAAAGAGGAAACUACGCCGCCUGUCAAAAUGCCCGUCUCUUUCAGUACCCUGCCUCGUGCAUUCCCGACUGAUAUCGAUCUCGUAGCUUCGAAUCAAGACGGCAGCAUCGUGAUUGCAGUUGGACUGCAGAACGAGUUGGUGUUGUGGAGAAAGGAGAAACAUAACGUCACGAUUACCACGAUCGAUACGUCUGAUGUCGUCUUAGGGAGCAGCGGUAGCCUCGCUUCUGCAGCGUCGACUCUUACCGCCCUUGCAGUUGAUGAUAAGGGCGCAUUCUGUGCUGUCGGCAGUGGAACUGGGAUUAUAGCCCUAUGGUGCAUCUCCAAAGACGGCGUCAAGUCCUUGCAACGUCUAUCUGUUGACACCAAUGUCUCAGCCGUGACCAACAUCCGCUUCGCAUCCACUACAGCGGUAGAUUCCGGGCAGUCAUCACCAACAUAUUCCUUAUCUACCUCAUCAUGUGCGCACCCCCCCUCGCCGGGCAGUAUAUACGCUACGUACGAGAAUGGCACAGUCAUCAAGUGGACUGUUACCUCGUUCGCGGUACCUGGUUAUGUCCUUCCCUAUCGUUCGGCAUCAGUGAUGAAGGCAAUUUUGGAGAGUGUGCACGGUGACGAUCGGCUCAUUGUUGGAUUUGCUUUGGAAGACGGGUCUUUGGAGAUCGUAGAUGCCGAACGUCCAGAUGAUCUACUACAUCGCGAUCUCUGCAUUAUAGCGGGAAAUCCAUCAGAUUUGGUCAAUAAGCUUCAAAUAUGCAAAGUGGAAUUGGAAGGGGAAUCUCGAGUCAUCAUCGCUGCCUCCACUCAUGCAGGUGUCGUAUCAAUCUGGGACGGUCGAACCGCGGAGUGCAUUUACAUCUUGGACGAACCUUUCGGAGAUAUAUCCAGCUUACGACUUGUUCCUUCACCCACUAAGAUCUGUUCGACAUGUGGGGAAUAUCCAUUCGAGAACUUCCUCCUAACAUUAUCCACUGGCCAACUCGUCCUCUUUUAUCGGGCUUACUUAUCCAUUCCUACUCGUCGAUGUUCCUGCGUACAUAACCAACCAAAGCCCCAGCUACGGUCCAGUGUGUUGGGUCGACGAUCUCGCAGCGGGAGUGCUGCUUCGACAAGUGGCAUUAUGACACCAACUCAUCCACGUUCUCGAAUGCCAUCGAUAUCUUCUGCAACUCCAAACUUCGAAACGCCCAUGUUUCCGGUGUCCGCUCAUGGUGUCCAUUCGCGAAGAUCAUCCGAUAAAGAGCUGUUCAGACGGAAUUUAGACACUUUCGUCGCGUCUGAUCAAGACGAGUCUGACCAACCGAUUGGACCUCAAGACGCCAACCCAUCCUCAAUCUUCCUAUCGUCAGAUCUUCGAUCAUCAUUAUGGCAGAAUCUCGUGGUAGUGCGUAUAGCGGACACAACGUGUGAACGUGGAGGUUGGGACGUCAUCAAGUCCAACUCAGGCCACAAAAUCGUAGGACUUAGACGAAAACCACGACCGUCUUUUGUGAGACCAAAGGGACGCUCUACCAAAGAUACCCCUCCAAAAGUAAUACUGCGAACCCAAGGGUUGUCUGGAUUAACACCGUCAGAUUUGGAACGAUGGGAACUAUGGACUUUUAACCCGUCGGAUUCUAAGUUGGAAGCUUCUCUUAUGUCGACCUUGAGGGAUCGAUCCCCUUCACUCUCAUCAUCACAAGCAAGAGGCAAGACCAAUGCGAAUGGUGGCAUGGUUCCUUCGAGUCCUCGACGCCGUUCGGGCUGGGAGAUGAUCCCGCGAUUACAUUUCACGAGGGUGUCGCCUGUCGUGGGGGGCACAUCACAUUGUACGGCGGGUUUUGGCAACGCUGUCGUCUUAUUCGACUUCUCUUCCAGUCUUUCCUUGUCUGUUCCAGUAUGGAACAAGCAAUCGGUGGUUAUUGACGGACCUCGAGAUGCAUCUCAUCAUUUCCAUUGAUUGUCUGUCCCAUUCCUCUCGAGACAUAUUAAGCAGGCAUAUGUUACCCUGCGCCCCCCCCCCCGCAAACGCCGUUCCGACCGUAUGCUUUCUGUGCUAUGAUCUAUCCGACCAAGCUUGUACGUGGUAUCUAUAUGUUGCGUAUCUGUUUUCGUUCUCUGUAUUUAUUCCCGGCAUUUUGGCCAUUCAUCGUACGAUCUUGUAUAAUAAUCCCCUUAGAUCUGUGUACAGAGUAUAGAGCAGACUUCAUCUCCCUAUAGAUGGUUGAAUAAGUUUUGCUGCUCCCGGGA